AUGAAAAUACCUUGCCAUAAAUGGGAAAUUGAACACGUUAAUAGGAUGGGGAAAAAAUCAGGAAAAGUCAGACCAGUGGUUGUCACAAUAACAACAACAAGCAGGAAAAUAGAGAUACUUAAAAAGAAAAAAUCGCUAGAGGGUACGAAUAUUUACCUGAAAGAAUAUUUUACACCUAGCGUCUUACAAAAACGGAAAGAGUUACAAGAAGACCUUAAACGCGAAAGAGAGUCAGGAAAAAGAGUGGCUUUACGCUACGACAAAAUUGUGACACUAAAACCACUUGAAUCUGAAGUACAUACACACACAGAAAGAAACAGAAACAUAAAGAAACGUUUUAUGUCUAAGUCACCUGAAGAAUCAGAGAAGGAAACUGCAAAAGAAUAUGACCACGAAAGGUCAAAACAAGUACCAAAAAAAAAUAAGCCACACACCAUAACCAGUUUCCUACGCCCAUCGCAGCUGAAUCUCAAUAAUCGAGCAAUACCAACUGAAAAUGUGGAAGAUCUUUCAAAAAAUUAA